UGACUGAAUCUUCGAGUUCAUGGAACAGUCAGCGCCUGUCUCAAGAUCGUGAUUUGCUGCUUUUUCGGACAAUGAUCCUCUUCCCCGAAUGCGAGGAACUAAACCAACUUACUUGUGCUGAAGAGAGAAUAGCUAGCUAGUAGCUACCUAGUAGUACUAGUAGCAGCAGCAAGUACAUGUAGAUCUAGCGGUAAUAGUGCAAUUUAUGUCACCUAACCCUUCCCUGACCAGCGGCAGCUCUUUCUGCAAUGAAAAUGAAUGAGCUGUUGGAAUGUUUGAGAUGUUCAGUGUCGCACUGCGAAUGCUUAUAGUUGCGAUUAUCAUGCCUUUGUGAAAACUGUAAAACUGUGUUGUGCAUUGGUGAACUCUUGUACCUUUGCAGUUCCAGUAGCUGAUCACGGAAGCAUUCAGAGGAGGACCACUUGCUGCUGCUCUAGCAUCCGCUACAACCGCUGGAGCGUGAUAGCAGCGGUAUUUGAUUUGGGUGACUUCUCUCCACGGCACUAGUGGCCACUCCAGUGCCGGGUACAACGAGUCGUAGAUAUCUACCCUGCACUUCGGCAAUCGUUAGCGGGCUGGGGAGCGCAACAACUAACUAACUUCUGCUAGUAGAAAACUACUCUCGGUCCGUCUCCUGCGGAGUGGCGAGCAGCAUCGUGAUCCGUGAAGUCCCUGCUGUGGUGCUGUUGGAGAUUUCUUGGUCCCCGGGAUCAAAACUACUGUCGUACUGAGCAGGGUCUAGUUUGCCACCAGGAUUUCAGGAGAAAACUGCACUUCGUUGUCCAGAUUCGCGCUGCAUAAGCACGAGGGCUAUUCUUUGCAACGAUCCGCGUGGUGCAACUGGCACACAGUACAGACUAGACUGGGCGCGUGUUCUGGUAGAUUUGCAUCAGUGCGUGUGCAGACAGUCAGUGUGGCUGCUGACUCAGUGACUGUCUGUCCAUCUGAGCGGGUCACUCUACACUACAUGCUCAAGCCAAUCAAGUCACCCUGCUGCGAAUGAGGACAUGAAUACUAGUACUGCCACUGGUGUGCCCAGGAUUAGUGCCAUAGACUAUAGUGGAUGAAGAACCGUUGACCACUAUGUCUUAGUGGAUAUCCUGUAGCAGCUUUUUGACUAUUAUUGCCAAGUAGUAGAAUAGCAAGUCACUGUCUGUGCACCAGCAACAGAGAGCCACCCAUUGACUGUCAGUCGGACCAAUCAGUGUGACGGCAAUAGUGUACGUUACUGGGUUGAUACGCCUACAGCAGCCGAACACGACGGGUCACAGGCUGAAGUCUGACGAUGGUGAAGGCAGGCGGUGGUUGCUGUGGCUACGGCUGUCUGGCCAUUGUGAGCAUGUUGGUACUGGUCCCCGCCAUCCUACUCUACAUCUAUAUGAACACUCUCUUCCUGCUUAUUAUCAGAGAGCAAGCUUACAUUCAACCCGGUGGAGAAGUUGAGAAGCAAUGGGCCAAUCCAGAGGUGCCUGUAUACUGCAAAUUCUACUUUUACGAUCUGAUAAACCCGGAAGGCUUCAAACAAGGAGAGCGACCGGAAUUUGACGAAGUCGGACCAUUCGUCUACAGGGAACACCGCGAGAAGUAUGACCUGCAGUACACGUACGAUGACACAUUGGUCCAAUAUCGCAUGGAUCAUUACUUCACGCUGGACCUGAAUGCGUCUGUCUUUGAUCCACGCCUUUACAACAUCACAACACUCAACACACCACUUGCGAUAUUAUUGUCAGUCGAGACUCACGAGAAGAGUGAAACGCUGCGUGACCUUCUGAAUGCCGUCGUCAAAGGACUUGGAGAAGUCGACCUUAUUGUCACCAAGACGGUGGAUGAGCUUCUAUGGGGAUAUGACGAUCCCAUCUUCAAGCUUGCACAUCAGUACGACAAGACCUUGCCCGCUCAGUUCUCCCUUCAGCAAAAGAAUUUAACCGACGACUCUGAACUGUGGAGUCAAAUCUUCACCGGGAAGGGAGACAGCAACCUCGUUGGCGUUUACACACACUGGCACGAGAUGACCAAGUUGCCGUACUGGGGCAGCCCACAAGCCAACGGUAUCAACGGGACUGAUGGCACUCUCUUCCACACAGACAUACAGAAAGAGGAACGCCUCGUUGCCUUCAUUGAUAACCUGUUUCGGUCAGGCUACUUUGUGUUCAAUAACUCCGGCGAUGUGCGCGGUAUCGACACGUAUCGCUUCAUCAUACCCUCAGUAGAGCUGAAUAACGACACUGUCGAUCCCGACAACAAGCCCUUUUUCAUGGACGGCCCCGCAGGUCUUAUGAAUAUGUCAGCGCUGAGCCCCCUGCACCCGCCGGUAUUCAUGAGCAAGCCGUACUUCCUGAACGCACCCGACGACAUCAUCGAUGGCAUGGUGGUCAAUAACAGCAUGGUAGGAUUUCCGCCGGACAUCGCCCAUCACGAUUCUUUCCUGGACGUCAAUCCGCUUACUGGAGCUGUGCUCAACGCGCACAAGCGCAUGCAGGUCAACGUCCUGGUCAAACCAGAGCCGAGCCAUAUCUACGACACUUCCAUACUGCGCGAGACAUACUUCCCGGUGAUGUGGGUGGACGAGACGGCAACCAUCACUCCAUCACUGGCAUCGGCCUUCAAGAAGAAGAUCAUUCUGCCAAUGGAUGCAUGCAGUAUCGCUCUACUCGCUCUUAUGAUCCUAACGGGCUGCGGGUUCACCGUAAGUGUUGGCAUUCUGUUACAUCGGAAAACGUGUGCCCGCGAUGCAGGCUCACAACUCAACCAUGGCCGAUGGAGACGCAAUGGUUCCGUGAACGACGCUGCACCGAAUGAAACGACAACACUGCUCCAAUAGGCAAAAUGUACGGAGGAUACUCAUCUUUAAAGAUCUCCUCAGUAAAAUUACAAUCAUAAUAUUGAGUGGUGUUGAAAUUGUGUUAUGUGUUAUCAGCCUGCUGUGUCAUGCCAGCUUGAUAUAAUCCAGACCCCCAUAUGUGGUUUAAGUCAGUGUGCAGCCAUGUUGGAAAAAGUGACCCUCGAUAGACUACUGCAUGUUACUAUAGCUAGAGAUCACAGCACUGGCAUGGCAACAGAAACACAAACCUGCAAAUACAUGUGCUUGAUUGUAGCACAUCUCCAACAUCACUGGUCUUCAUACUGUGAUCUCCAACAUCACUGGUCUUCAUACUGUAGGCUGUCACGGUUGCAUUCUUUUAUUUUUUACUUCAUGAUAGGCAAAGGCAAUGCUGCCUUCUCAUCGGAGGGUGAAUAAAACCUUUAUCGAUGUUUGAGCUAAAGCUGAUUCAUUGAUAUCAGAUUGAAGCAUAAGAAACCUCAUUCAGUUUUGCAGUCGCGUUUCAGCUGGUCUAAAUUACGCGCAAACACAGCCAGAGCUGUUGGCCAUUGGUCUAAAUUAUUAAUUUUUUAAGUUGUGGUUGUCAGAACAUUUUAGUCACCGUAGUAAUCAGAGAAUCUAUGUCUUCAUAAUUACUCAAUCUGCGGACAGCAUGCUGUUUCGUUCUUUUUGAACUCAUCAGCGCAGCACAGAGAAAAUGAGGCCGAACCUGAUAGCAAUGAAAAUAAAAAUUUCCAAUCAGGCCCGAACGUACCUUGCCAGAGUGCUCAAACUGACAAGUCAGUGAGCUCUGCAUAACGCAAACAGCUUCUUCAUAAUUAUUUACUUUAAAAAUGGGACCAGAUUCUUCUAUUUGUACUAUUUGUCUUCCUCA